AUGGCUGCUGCACCCUUCAAGGUGAAAGCUCUUUUUGAGUACACCUCGAACCACGAAGAUGACUUGCCGUUCGAAAUCGGCCAGAUCAUUACCGUCACUGACACCGACGACCCGGAUUGGUAUGGCGGCGAAUAUGUAGAUGCUUCCGGAGAGCCGCGGGAAGGUAUUUUCCCUCGCAACUUUGUCGAAAAGUAUGAACCAGUCGCUCCGCCGCGUCCAGCACGAACCAAGAAGAAAGACCCCGAGCCUGCUCCUCCUGCACCUUAUUCACCUCCAGCUGCUGCCGAGCCCGAGUCCGAGCCCGAGCCGGCACCGGAACAAGCGCUUUCAGAACCCGACGCAGAGGAAGAGAAACGUAUUGCUUCGCCGCCACCUGCCGCGGAGCCGCCAUCACCAAAAGCUGCCCCAGCCCCGGCUCCAGCGUCCGUAUCCAAGCCAGCUGAACCAACCCCAAACCCCGCCGCAGUACCUGCACCUGUGCCAGCGCCGCCCAAAGCUGAAUUGGCUACCAAGCCCUUUGUGAAGGCUCCAGCGCCCGUACGCAGUGGACCACCUCCGGUCUCCGAGAAGCCAGCUAGUAGCUCGUUCAAGGACCGUAUUGCUGCUUUCAACAAGUCCGCAGCUCCGCCAAUCGCUCCGUUCAAGCCUGCAAGCCUUGGCGGAGGAAGUAGCUCCGGUUUCAUCAAAAAGCCGUUUGUCGCUCCUCCCCCAAGUAGAGAUGCCUACGUGCCUCCACCACGGGACAAGCCCGCUCCAAAGGUUUAUAGACGGGAUGAGGAUCCCGAGAUCAAGGAGAAGGAGGUCGAGAAUAAAGAGAAUGCUGCCAAGGCAGGUCUAGUUCCUGGACAGUCCCCAGAGGGUCAAGAUGAGGACCAGCCUAAGCCCAUGAGCUUAAAGGAGCGUAUGGCCUUGCUACAGAAACAACAGCAGGAGGCAGCCCAGCGGCACGCGGAUACCGCUGCAAAGAGCAAGCCAAAGCCGCGUCCUCCGCCCAAGAAGCGUACCGACAGCCAAGAACCUCUUGAGCGCGCUUCUACUGAUGUAUCUGAUGCACCAUCUCUCGAACGACGCAAUACAGAAUCUUUGGACGAGGCCCAACCAGCACCGCCACCGAGGAUGUCCAUUCCGAUACGGAGAAGGUCUUCCAAAGACGUCCCUGAGGACGGCAAUGAGGCCGACAUGUCUGGUGCUGGAGACACUACCGAAGGCCCCGAGGAUCUUACCGAGCGCGAGGAUAGUGACGCUCAACCGAAGCGUAUUUCCCGUGUACUAACUGGAGCCUCCACCAAACAAGCUCAAGUAGAAACUGCCGAGGAAAUGGAAGGACACGAGGAAGAAGCAGGGGGUGAGGAGGAGGAGGAGGAAGACGAGGAGGAAGAAGAUCCUGAAGUCAGGCGCAAGGAGGAAUUACGAGCCAGGAUGGCCAAGAUGAGUGGCGCUGGUAUGGGAGGUUUUGGCAUGAUGGGCAUGAACCCCUUCGCCGCACCUCUUGCUUCCGCCGGCGGAGUUAAAAAGAAGAAGCCUCCGCCGAUCGAGCGACGUCCCAGCGAGCAACCGCAGGAGGAAAUCUCUUCACCUCGUGCAGCUCCUCCGAUACCCACAGCCAUGGCCCUUCCUGGUAUGAGCCGCGAUAAGCCUAAAGAAGAUGACGAGCAAGCUGAGAAGCAAGAAUCGCCGGCCGAUGAGGAGGAGCCUACUCCCCUUGCCCCAUUGAGCCCUCGCGACACAGAAAACGACCGUACUAUGAGUCCCAGAGCUCCACCUCCUAUUCCUGGCGGUCGUCAUGCCGCCCCGCCUAUUCCUUCGACUGGAUCGAGACCAGUGCCCCCACCACCCGCUGCUGCUACAGUUGUUUCACCCAGUGUUGGCUCUGAAUCAGACGAUGAGUUAUCUGAGAGCCAGAUGCAACCACUCGAGACUCCCAGAGGAGAGGUUCCACCCGCCGCUCGCGCUCCGCCACCUCCAAUUCCCGUCGCAUCACCAACUAUGGCUCCAGCAUCACCUCGACUUGCUGGCAACAGAUCAUCAUAUAUAGGGGAAGAAUCCUCGCCUAUAUCACCAAUCCAAUCAAAUAAACGGAACAGUCGACUGCCACCUCCUAUCCCGGGAGCUGCGCCGCCAAUACCAUCGCAGACCCGCGCGCCACCACCUCCUCCGCCCGGAACAGCCCCAAGACGGACAUCGACAUCCGCCGAGCGGGUAAUGUCGCCAAUGAGACCAGGCCCUCUUGACAAUGGAGAGGAAGGGGAGAUUACUGAUUAUGACGGAGACUACGAUACAGACAUUGCCUCGUCGGUACCCCACAAGGAUGCGCUGAAAUCGCAUGCUCGUGACACAAGUUUAGACGAGACUACGUCAAUUCGAUCACCAGUUUCAGAGGCUCCACCGCCUUCGCUACCUCCACCCGUCCCUGCAGGGGCCCCGAGGGCUGUUCCUCCCCCGAUUCCCAGUCAGCCUCCACCACCAGCGCGGCCAUCUGCAGAUAUGCCUCGAGCAGCCCCUCCGCCCCCACCACCGGUCCAAACGGAACCACACGCUCAGGCAGAUGACGAUGAGUAUGAUCCUUAUAAGUAUUUAGCAACACGUCCAGGUGUUGCGCAGAGCACCUCUUACAGUGUAUCAAAGCAUGACGAAGAAGAAGUUAAAUCACCUGAAUCUACACCUUCCUAUCAGUUACCGCCACCACCUAUGAGCCGGGCUCCCCCUCCUGCUCCUCCGCAGGCAGCCCCAAGCAGAGCACCUGCACGGCAGUCUCUGGACGCGCAAAGAGCUUUGGGUGGACGUAGGUCCAUGGAUGUUAGCCGUCCAUCAAUGUCUGUAGAAUCUGGCUUUAUGGCCAACGAUGUUGACCUGGCUCAACAUACGAGCUGGUGGCUUCAGGCCAAUGGUGUACCCCCCAUCUUCCAAGGACGAAGAGAUGUCUACUUCGAGUCUGACCAGUCUACUACGCCGGCACCUAACGGUUCCACCGUAGUGACCAAGGACGUUUACGUCCUGUUCCAAGAUUACUCGCAAACGAUCAUUACGGCUCGGUUUGAUCCGCAAAACCCUUCAAAUACGGACUUGGACCAGAGACAUGAGCCGCCCCCUCGAGCACUCCGACAAGAUCAGCUGGAACAGGCAUAUGAACAAUACGGUCUACAAAUCGCGAACACUGUUCCGUCCAAGAAGGAUUCUGUUGUUGGAGACGGAUCGCCUCAAGGGCUGAUCUAUGAACUCCUAAGGCCCUUCAAGGAUGUCCUGUUGCCUGUUGGCACACGUGCCUACGGCGCUCUUGUCUAUGCCAACAUGGCUAAUGCUUCGACACAAAUGACUGAUGAGAUUAGACCAGGUGAUAUCAUAUCCAUUCGCAAUGCUAAGUUCCAGGGCAAGCAUGGACCUAUGCACGCCAAAUAUUCAAUGGAGGUUGGCAGGCCAGAUCAUGUUGCUAUCGUCGCUGAGUGGGACGGCACCAAAAAGAAGGUCAGGGCUUGGGAGCAGGGGCGUGAGAAUAAGAAAGUCAAGCAAGAAUCUUUCAAGUUGGACGAUUUGAGAUCUGGUGAGGUUAAGAUUUGGCGUGUCAUGCCGCGCAGUUGGGUCGGCUGGGAUUCUCAGCAUUAG